AUGGCGGGGAUGGAGUCGAUAUACUCGGCUACCUACAGCAGUGUCCCGGUGUAUGAAUUCAAAAUCGACGGUGACAGUGUGAUGAGACGCAGAGGCGAUGACUGGGUCAAUGCAACACACAUCCUCAAGGCAGCCGGCUUUGAUAAGCCUGCAAGAACUCGAAUUUUGGAACGAGAGGUACAGAAGGGAGUGCACGAAAAAGUCCAGGGAGGCUACGGCAAAUAUCAGGGAACAUGGAUCCCCCUUCCAGAGGGCCGCCAGCUUGCAGAGCGCAAUAGUAUCUUUCACAAGCUAGCCCCCAUCUUCGAUUAUGUUGCUGGAGAUCGCAGCCCCCCACCAGCGCCAAAACACUCGUCGGCUGCUUCAAAGCCACGAGCACCACGCAAAUCUACUAAUCGUUCUGCUGCGACAGAGGUCUUCAAUGUGGUUCAACCGCAGCGAAGUAUGGGCCCUCCGACCCUCCCGCACGAUCAGUACGAAAUGGCCGCCGGGUUUGAUGACAACGAUUCUAUUGAACAGGCGACUCUUGAAUCAUCGUCCAUGGUAGCGGAUGAAGAUAUGCUGCAGAUGUCCCAUGGAGGACGCAAGCGUAAACGGGGCAUGAAUGAGGCGGCUGUCAUGUCUAUCAGUGAACAGGAGCAUAUUAUUUACGGUGACCAGCUCCUGGACUAUUUCAUGACCGUGGGUGAUGCACCACAAGCCACACGGAUUCAACCACCGGAACCUCCCGCUCAUUUCCAAGUGGAUCGGCCUAUCGAUGACUCUAGGAACACGGCCUUGCACUGGGCCUGCGCGAUGGGCGACUUGGAUAUUGUGCACAAUCUCCUUCACAGAGGGGCCAAUGUAAAGGCACUGUCGGUCCACGAAGAGACGCCGCUUGUCCGAGCCGUCUUGUUUACCAACAACUACGAGAAGCGGACCUUCCCCGCUUUGUUGGAUCGUUUGCAGGACACCAUCUCUUUCCGGGAUUGGUUUGGAGCCACACUUUUCCACCACAUUGCUGAAACCACCAGAAGCAAAGGCAAGUGGAAGAGUUCCAAGUACUACUGUGAGGUCCUUUUGGAUAAACUGUGUAAGACAUGCUCGCAAGAUGAGAUGGACCUGUUGCUUUCAUGUCAAGAUGACAAUGGUGAUACUGCUGCUCUCGUGGCCGCUCGCAACGGUGCAUUUCGCCUCGUGCAUAUGCUGCUCAAUCAUUGCCCCCGAGCGGGUGACCUGAUGAAUAAGAAAGGAGAAACUGCGAACAGCAUGCUUCAACGCUCUCACAACAUCGAUCAAGAUAUCCCGCCAGCUCCCUCAUCGGUCACCAUGGCCAACGAUCAUUUGGAUGGUGCAGGCGGUGAACUCAUGCCCUCGGGUCAUCAGUCUAUGGCUCCGCCAGUGGAUUCCGCUGCAACCUCCGAUCUGCUAUCGAAGAUUGGCACAAUCAUGGUGGAGGCCAACAAGAAGCUUGCGGGGACAUAUCGUAAUUCUAAACUUGAACAGCUGGAUUCCAAGGACGUUGCCAAUCCCGAAGCACUGUUUGAGCAGCUGGAAUCGGAUCGUCAGAAGAUCCAGAAGCAAGUCUCCGCCCUCGCCGCUAAGGAAGCGGAGUAUGAACCCAGUGAUAGCCAGAUGGGGCGAUAUGAGAAGCUGCGGGCCAGCUACGAGUCUCUGCUUGAGCAGACACACCAUACUGCCCUUGCUCAACAACUAGCUGCUGCCGGCCCGGUUGUUUCAACUACAGAUAUGUCUUCACUCGAUCCGGACGAGCUAAUGCACCGCUACCAACUGGCCCGCGAGCUGUGCACCGCCCAGAAGACACGCCGCGACACGGUGAGACACCUGGCUCAGCAGACCGCCGAUGCGGGCGUGAGUACCAAGUUCGACGUGCACCGCAAAUUGGUUGCUCUAGCCACAGGGUUGAAGGAAGAGGAGCUGGAUCCGAUGGCGGCCGAGCUGGCAGAGACCCUAGAGUUCGACCGAAUGAAUGGCAAGGGCGCAUCUCCGGGCCCAGAGCACCGGCUACGGAAUGAAUCAACCACACUCUCCUCGGGACCGGGCGUGCCCGUGGAUGCGUAG